AACUUUUUUAAGUGAUCUCGUUAACUCUCUGAAUCAGUCUUCAACCAAACACAACCCUUGGAUCUUCUGUGCACAUAGAAUUCAAUUCUUGAAGCUUCUAACAGAUGGCAUCCAAGUCCUCUUCUGGUUCAAUUCCACCACCACCAAGAGCAUGCACCUAUCACGUGUUCUUGAGUUUCAGGGGUGAAGAUGCUCGCGGACGAUUCACUAGCCAUCUCUAUGACGCCCUCAACAGAAAGGGAAUCACAACCUACAGAGAUGAUAACAAUCUUCGCAAGGGUAAUGUUAUUUCAGAUGAACUCCUCAAAGCAAUUGAAGAGUCUAUGUUUGCAAUCAUAGUUCUGUCACCAAACUACGCUUCAUCCACAUGGUGCUUGGAUGAGCUCUGCAAGAUCCUUGAUUGCAAGAACAAGCUGGGGCUACAAAUGGUGACAGUGUUCUACGGUGUGGAACCUUCUGUUGUGAGGCACCAAAUAGGAACCUUUCAGAAAGCUUUCAAGAAGCACAAAAAGAGACACGACCGUGAGAAGGUUCAAAGAUGGAGGGAAGCGUUAAAACAAGUUGCUGAUUAUUCUGGAUGGACCUCAAAAAAUCAGUAAGCUAACUAAUCAUUAACUUACGCUUGUUAUUACUACAAUUUAUCUGCUAUACACCGUUCAAACUUUUAUUUCCAUACCCAUGUAAACAAAACU